UUUCCCUCCAAUUGGAAGCCUACAUCUUCUUCUUCAUCAUCAUCAUCUUCCCAAUCUCUGCAAAACCCUAAAACCAUUAACCAACCAGAUCUCUCUCUUUUUCCAUCUCAUAUGGAGAUAAUUCUACUACUACUGUUCUACAUUCUUCCAUUAACAUACAUUCUCUACAACCUCUUCAACUUCAUCAAUCAAAGAAGAAACCGUCACUGUUACAUACUCAAUUAUCAAUGUUUCAAACCCUCCGACAACCAAAUGCUCACCACCAAAUUCUCCGGCGAUAUCGUCAUGCGUAACAAAAACAUCGGCCUAGAAGAGUUCAAAUUCCUACUCAAAGCAAUCGUCAGCUCCGGCAUCGGCGAACAAACCUACGGACCUAAUAUGGUCUUCCACGGCAGAGAAAACUGUCCUACCUCCGAUGAUAUCAUAUCAGAGAUGGACGUCAUGUUCGAUGAUAUCAUCCACAAAUUACUCACCAGAUCCAACGUUUCUCCUUCAGAAAUCGACGUUUUAGUCGUCAAUGUCUCAAUGCUCGCCGCUGUUCCUUCUCUGACCGCUCGUAUUAUCAACCGCUACAAAAUGAGAGAAGAUAUCAAGGUGUAUAAUCUCACCGGUAUGGGAUGCAGUGCGAGCUUGAUUUCGAUUAACAUUAUUGAAACGAUUUUCAAAUCUGAGAAAGAUAAGCUCGCAUUAAUGGUGACAUCUGAAUCUCUAACACCGAAUUGGUACUCCGGUAACGAUCGAUCAAUGAUUCUAGCUAACUGCCUUUUCCGGCUCGGCGGUUGCGCUGUUCUGUUAACGAACAAAUCAUCGUUGAAACAGAAAGCAAUGCUGAAACUGAAAUCGUUAGUCAGAGUUCAUCACGGCGGUAGAGAUGAAUCGUACGGAUGCUGUUUACAGAAGGAAGACGAUAAUGGCAGAAUCGGAUUCUAUCUAGGUCGGAAUCUACCAAAAGCAGCAACGAAAGCAUUCAUCGAGAAUCUGAAACGUAUAAUACCAAACAUCCUUCCAAUCCGUGAACUUCUCCGAUUCUCAAUCGCUUCUUUUGCUUGGAAAUGGAUUUACGGUUACGGAUCUAGAAAACGAGGUUUAGGUUUUCGUCCGAUUGUGAAUCUGAAAACUGGUGUGAAUCAUUUCUGUCUUCAUACAGGUGGUAAAGCGGUUAUUGAUGGAAUUGGAAAGAGUUUGAAUCUGAAUGAGUAUGAUUUAGAGCCUGCGAGGAUGACGUUACAUAGAUUUGGAAAUACAUCUGCGAGUAGUCUCUGGUAUGUUCUUUCUUACAUGGAAGCGAAGAAGAGGUUGAGGAAAAGUGAUAAGGUGUUCAUGAUUGGAUUUGGAGCUGGAUUCAAAUGUAACAGUUGUUUAUGGGAGGUGAUGAGAGAUUUGAAAGAUGAUGAUCGGAGUAAUGUUUGGAAUGAAUCCAUUGAUAUGUAUCCGCCUCGAUCUGUAGAGAAUCCAUUUAUGGAAAUGUAUGGAUGGCUCAACGAAGAAGAUGAAGUUACCUUUGAUCGUAUGAAGGUUAGAGUAUGAAAUUAAUUAUUCAUUCUUUAUUCAUAUGACUAAUAUUUUAUUUGUAACUUUAUGAUAUAAUCAUUUAAAUAAAUUUUUAAUAUUCUAUGUAAUCAUUUGUCACAUUUUAUUAUAUAU